AUGAAGAAGCAGUGUUGUGAAGAAUCAGAGACAAAUGUUGGAUCCUGGGAAUGUUGGUUCGAUGAUGAAUGCAUAGUUGACAUUGAUUACUUUGUAAAGACUCUUUCAAGCAUCAAACAGAAGGGUAUUCGUGCAGACUUGAUUGGUUCCAUCAUCACUCAUUAUGCUUCCAUUUGGCUUCCUGACCUCUCAGCCUCUGCUGAGAAUGGUGUCACCACUCAAUUCCAAUCCCCAGAAAGCGUCACGAAUUCAUGGAUGAAGAAGAGGUUCUUUGUGGAGACCUUGGUGAAUGUUCUGCCUCCCGAGAAGGAUUCUGUCCCAUGCAACUUCCUCCUUCGUCUUCUCAGAACCGCCAACAUGGUUCAGGUUGAUGCUACUUAUAGAGCUGAGCUUGAGAACCGCAUUUCAUCGCAGCUAGAUCAAGCUUCUCUCAAAGAGCUAUUGAUACCCUCCUUCAGCCACACCUGUGGAACUCUCUUGGAUGUUGAGCUUGUCCUCAGGUUGGUCAAGAGGUUUAUGAGCAUGGACCGCGAUGGUGCUGCUUUGGUUAAGGUGGCCAAGUUGGUUGAUUGCUUCCUAGCUGAGGCUGCUGUGGAUGCCAAUUUGACCUUGUCUGAGUUCCGUGCACUUGCUGGAGUUCUUCCAAGCCAUGCAAGAGCAAUUGAUGAUGGCUUGUACAGAGCCAUUGACACUUAUCUAAAAGCACAUCCAAGUGUGACAAAGCAAGAAAGGAAGGGCCUGUGUAGACUGCUUGAUAGCAGGAAACUCACACCAGAGGCCUCACUUCAUGCAGCUCAAAAUGAACGAUUGCCUGUGAGAGCUGUGAUUCAGGUGCUCUUCUCUGAACAAACCAUACUCAACCGCCAGGUAGAUUGGAGUGGCUCCUUCAGCUUGAGGAGCCCAAAUGGAGGAGGCCAUGACCCACUUGGACGGUGCCUUUCAAAGCGAGAAAUGAAUGCUCAGCAGUUGGAGAUAAGGAAGCUGAAGGAAGAUGUUUACAGGCUGCAAAACCAGCUCAAUGCAAUGAAACUGCAGAUGGAAAGAUUGGCAGUGAAGAAGAAGGGUCUAUUCAAAUGGAAGAGGUUUGGAAUGCCUACAUUUAGUAGAAAUGUGGGAGAAGUGGAGAAAAUUGAAGAAGAAGAGGAGGAAGCUGAAAGAGAAGUUGGAUGUGGAAGACAAACGCCUAAGGACACGAAAACCAGUUUGGUCAAAAGUAAGACUCACCACAAGUGGAGAAAAUCUUUGUCCUGA